CAUCCCCACGCUUUGUGAUCGCUGUUUUCUUCCUGUGCGUGUGUGGUCGUGUGUGAGGAGUGCUGUGGGUGUGCGUGUGUGGGGGAGUGCAGAUAAAAAGAACCCGGACAAAGGAGGAAGGAAGAUUAACCCCAAGUCCUGCUUAUACCAUACCCAUACCUCCACGGCUAGCACUCUUUCCAACUUCCUUACCCCUUCUUACAACUCUCUCCUUGUGAGACACCUCGCUCUCUCUCACUCUCUCACUCAUUUGCUCAUUCACCUAACUACCCCCUCGCUUCCCCCCUCCUCGUCCUCAUCUUCUCCAUUCUCCUAGCUUACGCAGGCAAGCCAACAAAGCUUCGAAAAGAGGGAAAAUUACAGUAAUAAACAAUAAGAACUGCGAAAAUGUUCACACAGUUUCGACUCCCGCCAGCGGAAGAUCAUCGUCCUGAGGAUGGCGCGAACGCGAACUCCCGCACAACCCACCAUUCCACUACAACUAUCACCACCCGCACCGAGACUACUUCCUCAGUAAAUCGGCCGAGAGGGUCCCGCGGCGUGAGGAGGCCACUGAGCUGCGCUACGUGCAUCAAGAAGAAGACAAAGUGUGAUCGGAAACUACCAUGCGGAACAUGCGUGAAUAGGGGGGAUGCUCUUCUCUGCUCCUUUGGCCCCCAGGGGACUGCUCUCCGUCAAGCUAAGGAAUGUGCAGAAUUACGCCAGAGACUACGGAAACUCGAGAGCAUGGUCCAGGAAAUCCGCGCCUCAGAGAAGGCUACGAAGGCCGGUUCACCGCCGAAUGGCGGCGGUGGUGGUGUUGGGAAUAGCGACCUCUCGUCAUUUAUGCCCCCGCCACUGUCGCCGGCUACUAGUGCGUCGAGCACCCUGUCGCCUCCCGGGCAUCACGACGAGGACGACAGGGAUAGCAAGAAUGGCCGCCCGAACGCCUCGCUGGAAUAUGACACCAAUGGGGGAGCUUCCUACGUUGACCAGUCGAGAUGGGAUUGUGUGUUGUUGGAAAUGGGCGACUUGAAGGCUUCCAUACGGAAUAUUAGCGAGGGGGAAGUCGACGGGGAGGAGGCAUCGGCCCCGAACGACGGGAACAAGCCACAACAACAAACGCAGCUGCAACAGCAGCCCCAAGUAGAGAAGCAGACACCCGCGUCGUAUUCCUUAUUCACGGCGCCGACAAACACAGAUGCUGGGGAAUUCAUUCUUAUGCUUCCACCGAAGCCGCUGAUUGACUAUCUCGUUUCCCGCUAUGUCGAGGUUUUCGCGUCCCUGUUUCAUGUCCUCCAUGAGCCGUCGUUCAUGGAGGAUUAUCGGGCAUUCUGGGAGUCGCCAAAGGAUGUUUCACUCUCAUGGCUUGCACUUUUGUUUGUUGUUCUCGGGGUGGGUGUCAUGUCACUGGACGAUAACGACGCGGUCCUUAAGGAGCAUCUGCAUAUGUCGACAGGCAGGGGUUUGGAUUUGAGUAGUUAUGUCAAACGAUAUUGCGAUUUAGCGAUGAGAUGCCUUGUUGCAGAUCGGUUCAUGGAGAGCUAUCGCCUCAGCACUAUCCAAUGUUUGAUUUUACUAAUUUAUUCAAAGAAUCAUUCUAACGAUGGGGGCAUGAGUUGGGCAUUACUGGGCUUGACUGCAAAUAUUGCGGCAGGGUUGGGAUGUCAUAAAGAUGGGGCGAAUCUUGGGCUGGAUCCGGUAGAAACAGAACAAAGACGACGAUGCUGGGCAGCGAUCCUCAUGCUUGACGCCUUUCAAGCGUCUGCCUUCGGCAGACCGAGCAUGAUGAGGGCCACCCAAUUUGAGACGCGCCUGCCGUUGGAUGUGAACGACGUCGACAUCACCAGGACAGGAGUGCGGGAAGCUUCCUCACGUCCAACGCAGAUGACUUAUCUAAAUCUGAAGUUUCGGCUUCUGAGCAUCACCUCCAAGAUAUAUGAAAAGCUGUUCGGCGCAGAAAAACCGGACUAUUCGACUAUCGUCGAGUUGGAUCAGGAGAUUCGCAAUGAGCAGAAGACCUGGCCGGGCAAGUACUCGGCCGACGGCCCGGAACUGAACGGGCUGAAGGCGAACGAUCAAGUGCAUUGGUAUAUCUUACAUGGUCAUCUGCACCAGAUGUUCUUGCUCCUCCACCGUCCAUACUUUCAUAAAUCGUCUGCGGAGAAUCAUCCUGUCGCUCCGGACUCAAGAAGGCAAUGUAUUGAAUCUGCGACAUCGAUUUUAGAAAUAUACAACAUCCUUAAUACGAAGCGGAAGUACCAACCUUACAGAUGGUACAUCAAUGGCCUAGCAACCUUCCACGCGUUCCACGCCGUGAUAGUGGUAUCCGUAGAUCUCCUGUCAAUGCAUGAUCCAAGUCAGUCAUCAACCUGGGAGGCCUUCAAACAGGUACACGACCAUUUUAGCAAGAACGCACCUAGGAGCUCGAUCGCUACAAAGACCUUGCCAGUCGUAAACUUCCUUCGCAAAAAAAUAACCGGCCGCAUAAAAGCUGUCACCCCCCCACCACCGCCAGUAGCACCUCUACAACCCCCUACCCAAGCAAUGGACACAACCUAUACACACCACCCCACCACCGCCCCACCACCGCCCCACCGCCCCCCCCAACAAAACCAAAUGUACAAAGACACUUCCCUCUACCCAACUCACUCAUUCGCCGGCCCCCAUCACCAAAACACCUACCACCUCGAAUCAAUCACCGCCUCACCAACAGGUAUCAUUCCCGAAUCAAUGUACUACCAGGCUGCCGCAGCGGCAACGAUAGUGAAUCCGGGCUUUGUGGCAGCGGCGCAAUUGGGUGAUAUGUACCCGCAGGAUAUGGAAUUGGAUAAUUGGCUGCAGGGGAGUUAUAUGCAUGAUUUGAGCCAGUGGGUUUCGCCGGGGGCUUUUUGUUGGGACGAUCUUAAUCAGCAGUGUGCGAUGCCCUUGGUGUAAACCCAUUCCACUCUAUUCUGCUCCGUUCGUUUAGAAGAGCAAUAAGAAAAGUGAUAUGUUUUUUCUCUUUUGGUCCCGUCCUUGUUUAUCUUAUUGGAAAAUUAUCCUUAUGCCUUAAGUCGCUAGCUUGCUUGCUUUCUCAUCCUACCCACCAGCUAGUUUUAUUUUCAUCCGUGUGUGUUUUUCCAUGUUUUUAUUAUUAUUCCCAGUUCGGGUGAAAGGAAUAGGUGCUGGAGAUUUUGAAUUUUUUUG